CGGGACUUGCCGUUCUUUCGUUUUCACAUCUCCCAACCAAACCAGCUCCUUCAAAGUAUUCUCAUCGGUGUCCCGCAGACGUCACUAUUAAAGAGCUUCACCUUCAGAAGCACGAUCCCCUCCUCAUUAAACGGGAGGAGUCGGAGAUGCCGUACAUUAAACAGGAGCAGGAGCCAGAGAACCCCAGUAUUAAAGAAGAAGAACAGGAAGAGGAAAUCCCCAAGUUUUCAAUGACUGUCAGUGUGAAGUGUGAAGAAGAUGAAGGUCCAUGCGAAAAGAGUGGAGCAGCGAAUUCUUCGCGCGACAGCUCAUUUCAACACCCGACAACAAAAGGAGAGGGACGAUCGCAACCUGACGGUUUGUUAGCGCCGCUCUCAGACAGUGACGACGUAACUUCACACUCUUCUGAUUUUAACACUGAUGAGGAGGAUAAGGACUUUGACCAAAAUGCUUCAAAAUUCUUAAACAAGUCCUCAUUGAAAAGAAGCAAAAAAGUGGUUGGGAAACCUUUUACCUGCUCACUUUGUGAUAAAACAUUUUCUCAGAAAAUUCACUUACAAAGACACAUGUAUACACACACCGGGGAGAAGCCUUUCGCUUGCUCAUUUUGCGAUAAAAGAUUCAUCGGGAAAACACAUUUAAACGAUCACACAAGAACACACACUGGAGAGAAGCCUUUCGCUUGCUCAUUUUGCGAUAAAAGAUUCAUUGGGAAAACACAUUUAAACGAUCACACAAGAACACACACUGGAGAGAAGCCUUUCGCUUGCUCAUUUUGCGAUAAAAGAUUCAUCGGGAAAACACAUUUAAACGAUCACACAAGAACACACACUGGAGAGAAGCCUUUCGCUUGCUCAUUUUGCGAUAAAAGAUUCAACAGGAAAACAAAUUUAAAUGAUCACACAAGAACGCACACGGGAGAGAAGCCUUUUCCCUGCUCAGUUUGCCAUAAAAGAUUCUCUCGGAAAGAACUACUAAACCGUCACAUUAGAACACACACUGGAGAGAAGCCUUUUCAAUGCACAACUUGUGGUAGAGCAUUCACUUUGAAGGAAUGUUUAAAGAGACACACAAGGCAACACACUGGAGAGAAGCCUUAUGUCUGCACAAGUUGUGGUAAAAGAUUCAUCGCGAGAGAAGUUUUUAUUAACCACACGAGAACACACACUGGAGAGAAGCCUUUUGCCUGCUCUCGCUGCGAUAAAAGAUUUUGUAAGAAGCAUGAUUUAAUAAUACACACGCGUACACACACUGGAGAGAAGCCUUUUGCCUGCGCUCGCUGCGAUAAAAGAUUUAGUACGAACCGUGAUUUAACAAGACACACGCGUACACACACUGGAGAGAAGCCUUUUGCCUGCUCUCGCUGCGAUAAAAGAUUUUGUAUGAAGCAAGCGUUAACAAAACACACUCGUACACACACUGGAGAGAAGCCUUUUGCCUGUUCUCGUUGCUAUAAAAGAUUUUGUUCGAAGCAAGCGUUAGCAAAACACACGUGUACGCACAUCGGGUGAAAAGGCUCUUCUCUGCACACUUUGUGGUAGAAGAUUUACAAGUAGAUGCUGAUAGAUGCUAAUCUUUUGUUAUUGCUGUAUCAGUUAGCAUCUGCACAUCAUCUGAAACAAUCACGAAAACUCGACCUAAGUAUUCGACCACUAUUGAAAACGCACAAUAAACAGUACAAAAGGGGUUACAGUGGGGCAAAUAAGUAUUUA